AAACAUCUUCCAAGACAGAGCCAGUUCUACUACCCAAAUAUGGAGCAGGCUUACAGAAUGAAUGCACACAACCAAGUUCAAAUGAGACAGCCUAUGAGUGCAAUGGAUCAGGAACUGGCCCAGCUCUUUGUUCAGGCCUUCCCACAAUUCUACCAGUAUGAUGCCUAUCCCUUUUGGGCUUAUUUUCCACAAGACAUGCAGCACCUUACUUCCGAAGCUGUACUGAACACCCUCAAGGCUAUUGUCCCCAAGAAUGCUGAAGAAACCAAAGUGUGGUGAGACUUUAAGUCAACUCUCAGGAACUCCACAAUUAUAGCACUUGAUGUGACUGGAACCUCUGUCCUCUUCACUUCCCCUCUUCAUCCAUCAUAUGGAACCACCAUCUUACCCAAAGGCUUAACUGCUAUUCUAGAAUAGGAAAACGCCGUAGAGAAGGCACUCAUUCACCCUGAGUUGUCUACUGCUUAUUAGAUAGCACAGCACCCUUCCUUAAGCUAACCUUUCCUAGACAGAUUCUGUUUAAAUUCCGGUUGCAUCAUGCCAGUAGGGAAAACACCCGAGCAGAGAGAAUCAAAGUCUUUAACUAAGUUUCUAUAGUGGAAAUUUUGUUUUAAAAGUCAUUUAAUCGAUUCUUCUGUAAAUGCUAUCAUUUGGAGUAAUUGUGUGCAGUAACUGAGAUUUUCUUUCUCCUCUUUUCAAUAAAUUACGUUUUAAGGCACAAAUCA